CACUUUGCACUGGACAUGUUGAUUUUGAACAGGCGUGAUACUCGCGCGAUUUUCUUGGCUGCGGUAGACUGGAACCAAGUUGGUGUUGCAUGGAGACGAGGCCAGCUGGUUGCUAAAACAAGACCGAGCGCUAGAUCUAAACUUGGAAAAGUUUUGAUCGUUUUAGCUUCUACAAAAUUCAUAAUGGCAGGAUCAGAUGAGCGUUACGCGUUUUUAGCAGAAUGGUAUGAUCCCAGGGCUUCACUCAUGAGAAAAUAUCAACUGCUUUUCUAUCCCAGCGAUUCCUCAGUAGAGAUGUAUGACAUAAAGAACCGUCGUCUUUUCCUGAAAAGAUCGCUGAUUGAUGGCCUCCAACUUCACCAUCUGUUCAUUGGAGCCAUCAUUAAAAUUCAUUCUCGUCAGUUAACAAUUACAGACUAUGCAGAUGAACGUACAUCAAACCUUUUGAGAGACAAGAAUGAGAAGCAAGCUUAUCAUAUCACAAAGGGCCCAUCUAAGACACAAAUUUUAUACUGGUAUGUUUGGAUAGGGAAUGUAAUUGACAUGAUUCAUCAGGAAGACUUCCUCAUUUGUCAAGCCAAGAUGGUCAGAAUGACAAGGGAGCAAGCAUCAAUUUUCUAUGCAGAACACAGAGGGAAUUCUUUUUUCAAUUAUUUAGUGGAAUUUGUCACAAGCGGUCCUGUUGUUGCCCUGGAGCUGAAGGGUUCAAAUGCUAUUCAAAAGUGGCAAACACUUUUAGGCCCAACAGACUCAGCCACAGCGAGGAACCAAGCUCCAAUGUCAAUCAGAGCAAAGUUUGGCACAGACAAUACAAAGAAUGCAGCACAUGGCUCCGACUCCCCAGAAUCAGCUCAAAGAGAAAUUGAUUUUUUCUUUGGUGGGCUAAUAUUUGGUGGAAAAAAUACUGCUUCUUUUUCAGACUGCACUCUUUGCAUAAUUAAACCCCAUGCCAUCAUUCAAGGUCUUACUGGUAAAAUCAUCGCAGCCAUAUCCAGCAAGGGUUUUGAAAUUUCUGCAGUUCAGAUGUUUCAUCUUGAAAGAGCCAACGCAGAAGAAUUUCAUGAAGUGUACAAAGGUGUUGUAAAUGAAUACAAAAGUAUGGUUGAUGAACUGUGUUGUGGUCCGUGUUUGGCCAUGGAGAUUAGAGCCCCUGAUGCACCAGUCACAUUCAGAGAGUUUGUUGGUCCUUCUGAUCCUGAAAUCGCUCGUCAUCUACGACCUGGAACAUUACGGGCAAUGUUUGGUAAAGAUAAGAUAAAAAACGCUGUACACUGCAGUGAUCUACCUGAAGAUGGCCUCAUCGAGGUGCAGUACUUUUUCAAGGUGUUGGAUCAUUGAGUGAACUAUAACAGUAUUUUCUACUGUAGUAAACCUGUAUUUUGUUGACACAAACGUUAUAUAUCAAGUCAAACGGUCCAUGUUUACUAAGUUAUACUUAUGUUAUGUACAAAUAGUUAAUGCGAGUCAACCGGGCGAAUGUGUACAUAGUAAAAUUAAAGAGAUUUUGAAUAAAAACUGACUUUUUAGGAUGCACGAUGGAGCAAAUAUCGCUCAGUGAGAACAGAGAUGUGGCAAUUGUGAUGAUGUGCGUUUUAGAAUUAGUUCUCUGUGCGUAUUGAUAAAGAGACAACACGAAUUUGUAAUAAAGAUCUGUUCAACCUGA